GGGUUCCAAGUGGAUCAUCGACAGUCCUUCUUAUGACAUGUGUAUAAAAAGAGAUCGCGGAGAAUGGCAGGGUCAAUGCUCAAGGGGUGGUGUACUUAUACUUGACGACGACAACGACAUUCUGCUACACCCAUAGCACCACAUUCGUUCAAAUCACCAAUACCCAGCAGUAAAACAGGAUAAAAAAAGAAUUCCCACUAUGUUCAACCCAAUCCUCCUCACCCUCCUCGCUCUCGCAACCGGCAUAACAGCAACCCUCGACCCAGCAACCUCGCACUCAAACGCCACCUACCCCGCCGCCCCAGCCUGCAAACCCGCGAAAACAAGUAAAGCAAUCCAAGCCGCAGAAUGCAGCCACAAUACGCGUCUCGGCAAGCAAACCUUUGCUGUCUUCACCAUCGACCACCAAUACGACAAAUCCCACGGCGCCCCCUACGGCACAUGUGAAGCCUACAACUGCGCUCCGGGAUCCAAGAUGACGGCGCGUAAAGAUACAUUUACGUUUUUCUGGGACGCCGCGGGUGUGCAGGGGGAGGGUGAGGGCGAAGGAAUGGGAUGUAUCAGGAGUCCUGUUGAUGGUACGUGUGGGUGUGAGAAUAGUAGUGAUGGCAAGUUUGUGUAUGGGGGUACGAAUUGUAAAUAAACUAUCUUCCCCCUGCUGCCUCGUCACUCAAAAUCUUCCUAUUUGUAAAUAUUGAAUAUUUCCUUUGCUACUUGGAAGCACCGCAGUCUUAUCUUUAUCAACACCCGUACUUUCCCACACCCCCCUCCUCCCCCCCCCCUUUUCUACUGAUAUCAGCGAAAAAGAUAAACUACCGAACCACCUUCCCAACCGCCUCCACC